ACCUGUUAUUUGUGGAGUUUGUUGGAUUUUGCUCUGGUUUUGUCCAAAUCUGGCCACAUGGUGUGCUGGUCCCUGGCCUUCCAGGAGGUUCUCUCAUGCGAGUCGUUACCCGUUGCUGUCCCUGGCUGGCCCUGGCAUCCUGACUGAAGCUUGGCAGGGCGCCUUUCAUCUUCUCAGCCUCUACAGAACAGAAAAUAGAAACUGGCCAUUGGAGCACCCUUGUUUCUUCUUCUAUUUUUGUAAAUUUGCACUGCAGGGUGACUUCCGGUCCCGACUUCCUCAAACAUCUGAGGAAUUCACCUCUUCACUCUGAGGUAAAUGCUUUUUUUGGUGAGAGAACAUCUCAGAUUACAGUCCCUGGCCUUGUCCUCAUGCUGCUGAAGCUCUUGCUGUUGCUCUGUGGUCAGCCCUGUGAACCAACAGCGCUGCUUUUGACAGUCAGCCCUCCUCGGCCCAUAGAGGAGAACUCAAUGACCCUGACCUGUAAGACCCAACUCCCUCUACAGAAGUUAGAUGUCCUGCUCCAGUUCUUCUUCUUCAAAGAUGGCUCUGCCCUGGGGCUGAGCUGGAACAACUCCUCGGAGCUCCAGAUUACUGCCCUGAAGAGGAAAGAUUCAGGGUCCUACUGGUGUGAAGCUCAGGCAGAGGGACAUAAAGUCAUACGGAGCAGGAGAGUCCAGAUAGAUGUGUGGGGAGUCCCUGUCUACAAUGUGAGCUUGGCGACACAGCCCCCAGGGGGCCAUGUGAUGGAGGGAGAGAAGCUGUCUCUUGUCUGCAUGGCCGCGGGAGGGACAGGAGACAUCACCUUCCGGUGGUACCGAGGGGCCCUGGGGUCAAACCUGGGAGCCAAGACCCAGCACUCCCUGACGGCGGAGUUUGAGAUUCCUGCGGUGAGCGAACAGGACGCCGAGGCCUAUUACUGCGCAGCGGACAAUGGCUACGGCCCCAGCCUCAGUGGGCUCGUGAGCAUCGCUGUCAGAAUUCCAGUGUCUCAGCCUGUCCUCACCUUCAAGGCUCCGGGGGCCCAGCAGGUGGUGGGGGAUGUGGUGGAGCUGCACUGCGAGGCCAGGAGCGGCUCUCCUCCCAUCCUGUACCAGUUUUACCUCGAGGAUGUCCCUCUGGGGAACAGCUCAGCCCCCUUCGGGGGAGGAGCCUCCUUGAACCUCUCUUUGACCUCAGAACAUCGUGGGAACUACUCCUGUGAGGCCGACAAUGGCCGGCGAGCCCAGCGCAGUGAGGCGGUGCCCCUCUACGUCACAGUGCCUGCAGAGGACAGAGAAAACCCUGCUUCACCCAUCCUUGAGGGGCUGCUUGGCGGCCUUGGUCUCACCACUAUGGCCCUACUCUUUUGCUGUUGGCUCAAGAGAAAAGCAGGAAGACGUCCAGCCAAGGACCCACCCAGGAGCCCUCCCAGCCCUCCACCCCGAGAAUUCACCUACGUGAACGCAACGGCUCCAGUGCAGCAGCAGCCGAUAUAUGGAAACGUGAAUGUUGUCAGUGGAGGUGAGGUUUACUCCCUGGUGUACCAUAUGCAACAGGAGCGGCGAUCAGCGCCAGCACCCGACACAGCCGCCCAGUUGCUACUGUUGUCCUACCUGGUACACGGUGGGCCCGGAAAUGCUGGCGGAUUACCAUCCCUGAGGACACAGAUGCAGGAUAAGGACCCCUCAGCCAUCUACUCUGGAGUGAAAACCGCAAGCAGUUCAGAUGAUGACUACGAGGAUGCUAUUUAA